AUGAUCGUGAUAAUCAGGAGAUUCUUUCAGCGCAAUAUCAAUAAUAUCAUAGAUUCCAUCCCAUCGACUCGCCGACGCACCCGUCUUCAAACUACAGCAUAUCUUCUUGGUGCCCGUAAAGAACUGCCCGAAGUCACUGGCGAAGAGGUCAACCGCAUCCGCGCCGUUCAGUUGUGCUAUUUGUCAGAAGCUCAGGCUAGCUAUACAGAAGAAAGACCCGAGCAGCCUCAAGCUUUCGAGAAAGUCGAGUUUCGCAUUCCUUUGAAUACCAUGGACAAGGACAAAUCUACAACGUAUGUAGACAACUUCUAUGCCGAGUCAGACCAUCCACUAGAUAUACUCGACUCCACGAGGGCCGCAAUGAAUCUUUCGAAGAAGUACGAGCACUUGGGUUGGCGUCUGUCUACAGCCCGCUGCAUGGACCCACCACAUCGCCUUUUGACUUCCCAGGACAUCGCUAGCGCUUUCAAGGCUGUGAGGGCGGAGCAGGUGUCUGGACGGAAAAAGAAGAAGGUUGUGAUUGAAAUCGUCAACACUAUGUCGGUACCAAAAGGAAAACAAAUCAAAUCACAGGCAGGUAUUGUGUCCGAUCCAUCCCUUCUAUACGUGAAGGAACUCGAGAAUGUGAAGAGAAGAUUAUGUUGUGCUGAGCAUCAGCUCGGAGGUUCAGAGAACACAUUUUGUUGGGUAGAUGUGUCGCAGCCAGACGCUCCACACUAUCCGAUAUGUACCCAAGACCUCCAGGAGUGGGCUAAACAUCUGUACGACACUCGAGAUCCGGAUAGCACCUGUGCUACUCUACCCAACACGUCUUAUUUCGAUGACAUUCGCAAGACACGUCAGGCAAGAACUGCGUCACCGCUUCAAUGUAUCCCAACCGAGCUCAUAUCACCCAUUAUCCAUAAUCAUGUUCACCUCUCAUCUGCCAUCGACAACACGUGGGCUUCUAAUGAUGCGCAUUCUGUACAGCAACUUGAAAGUCAGGGCCCUAUGGCCGCUCCGCAACCACUUAAAAGGACAUUUGCACUCUACAUGGAGAGUGAUGAAGAAAGUGACGAUGAAGAACCGCCGAAAGACAUUGAUGACGUCAUCACAACCAUCCAUUCUCGCUACCCUGCUAUGGACUUCCCUCGGUAUGGAGAUAUGCUGAAGGAGCGCAGCAUAUUGUAUCUGCCGACUGCAGCGCAUUUUGGUAGCCGAUUUUAUGUGGAGAAGGUUGGUAUGUCGGAGGGUGCUGUGGUCACAUUUCAUACUCGUGUUUGUGAAGCUCACAUGAAGGAGGAACGUGCGAGAGCACGGAGGAAGGCUAAAGGCAAACAGAAGGCACGAGCUGAUGACACUGAUAAGGAAAAUAUCCAAGCUCUCGAAUAG